AUGUCGGUGUGGAACCCAGAGAACGUGAUCGAUGUCGCCGAGUCCGUGGGUAUUGCUGCGCUCAAUCGCGAUGUCGCAGAGCAUCUGGCGAGAGAUGUGGAGUUUCGCGUACACCAGUUGAUUGAGGAGGCUCUCAAGUUCAUGCGACAUGCGAAACGGACAACACUUACAACACAAGACAUAUCACAAGCGCUACGAGUACUGGACGUUGAGCCACUAUACGGCUACGAAUCAACACGACCGCUGCGUUUCGGCGAAGCAUCGAUUGGACCGGGCCAGCCACUGUUCUACGUGGAGGAUGAAGAGGUGGAUUUCGAGAAGCUGAUCAACGCUCCUCUGCCGAAGGUACCGCGUGAGAUCAGCUUCACGGCGCAUUGGCUGGCGGUGGAAGGUGUACAGCCCAGCAUACCGCAGAAUCCAACCCAGGCAGAUCAGCGAAAUCAGGAGCUGGCGGCCAAGGGACAAGGCGCAAACACACUUGCAGCAGUCAGCGGAAACGACAGUGUGCAGGUCAAACCGCUUGUCAAGCACGUGUUGUCUCAAGAGCUACAGCUAUACUUCGAGAAGAUAUGCGAUGCCAUCUUGGACGAGAGCAACGAGCAGUACCGCGCGGCAGCAUUCUCGUCAUUACAAACGGACCCAGGACUGCAUCAACUGGUGCCAUACUUCAUCCAGUUCGUGGCAGACAAAGUCACGCACAACCUCAAAUCACUCUUCAUCCUUACCCAGAGCAUGCAACUGGUCGCCGCACUACUGGAGAACCCAAGCCUGUACAUCGCACCUUACGUGCCACCCGUGGUACCAUCCGUCCUCACCUGCUUGGUAGGCAAGCACCUCGGACCCAGCCACGCUGGUGACAUCCACUUCUCACUCCGCGACUACGCCAGCAGUCUGCUCUCGAGCAUAGCACGAAAGUACGGACCAAGCUCUUCAACCCUGAAGCCGCGUAUCGCAAGGUCAUGUCUUAAGCACUUCCUGGACUCGCACAAACCCCUGGGGACACACUACGGAGCUGUCCUCGGCUUGACGAUGAUCGCGGGAGGUGCCGGCGUCCGAUUGCUGAUUCUACCCAAUCUUAAGGCUUACGAUGUGCACCUCUCAGAAUGCAUGAAAGAUGAUGCGAAGCGGGCAGAUGCCGAGAAAGUGGUCGAGGCCAUCAUGAGGGCAUUGGAUGAGCUGGAGAAAGACGCAGUCACAGCUCCACAAGCCAACGGACACCCAGAAGGCAACGCGCUGAAAGACAAGCUCGCGGAGGCGAUUGGGGAGACAAUCGGAUCGCGAGUCUUCGAAAGCGGACGACAGACUCUGAUCAACGCAGUUCUUGAGAAGGACCUGGCAGUCUAG